CCCUUAGUUAGUCAAAUACAGGGGGAUAUAACUAUACAGUAGAUAACCCAUUUUAAAAAUAAAAGACUCAAACGAUAUCAAGCUUUUAAUAAUAGUAAACAAACUAUAUUUUUUGUUUGUCGAAAAUAAAAAAGCUUAAAGCUUCAAACAAAAACAAAAGUCAGGAGACCGUGACAAAUGUUGUUCCCUUGGGCCCAUUUGUCAGGUAUCUUAAGAGCGCAAAGCUGAUAACGAUUUCGCCAGGCAAUUCGUAUAUUACAUGAAAUCGAAGGUAUAUAGAUAUAGUUUCCCACACAAAUCUAAAGCAGUAUCAAUAUAACGACAAGUGCGACAACAUGGCUGAAGAUAGUUUUAACGCUGACGAGCUGAACCCCCCAGAAUGGUUGAAUGUUGAGUUUAUAACUGAAGUUCUGAGUGGUUAUGAAAAGGAACCGGAUCUAAGUGUUACCAAUUUGAUCUUCACCCCGGCUAGUGCCAAAGGAGAUCACUAUGCCAGCAUUAUGUUCCGAGCAAAGGUGCAAUAUAAAACCUCGAAAGGUUCCCUCAAAAAAUCUUUAAUUAUAAAAACGAUGCCUGUGGAGGAGGGUGCCAAGAAGGAUAUGUUUGCAGAUUCUCCUCUAUUCAAAACAGAGAUAGGAAUGUAUAGUAAAGUGCUACCGGAGACGGAGAGGAUUCUUCAGGAAGUAAAUGAUAACACCAAACUAUAUGUGGACUGUAUCUAUCACAGUCUGGAACCUAGGCAGGUGAUAAUCUUUGAAGAUCUUGUGGAGAUGGGAUAUGCCAUAGUGCGAAAUCGUUGGCUCACGCAGGAGGAAAUUUGUAGUGCGUACUUUAAGCUGGCUAAGAUACACGCAGUUAGCAUGAAAAUGAUUAAUAAGCGACCUGAAUUCCUUGCGGAGUUCAAGUACGGAAUGUGUGACAUGCCGGGACUAAUGGACAGUCCUAUAAUAAACUCAGGAAUGACUCCCUUUACAGAAAUGUUGGGCAGCACUCCUGAAUUGGAAAAAUACCAACCGUAUUUUAAGAAGAUAGGACUUGACUAUAAAGACCGCCUGAGGGAUAUCAUGCAGGAGUAUCGAACCAAUCCCCAGUCAGGAUACUACGUUCUCUGCCAUGGAGACUAUCACUCCCGCAACAUGAUGUUCAAACACAAUAAGGAAACUGGAUGCUUCGAGGAUUGCAUGCUUUUGGAUUACCAAGGAUGCAAUGUGGUUCCAAUGGCCGUGGAUCUGAUGUACUCCAUUUACAUGUUGAUGGGAACUGAACAGAGAAGCGGUCAAUUGGAGACUUUGUUAAACUAUUACUUCUCUGUUCUUCUAGAGACUCUCAAGAAGAUAGGCUACAAGGGGGCAAUGCCUACUACUAAUGGCUUCUGGGCGGAAAUGAAACGCCAUAGAUAUUACGAGUUCCUAUUGCUGAGCACAUUCCUGCCCGUGUCUAUUGGGAUUAGAACUUAUGGCAUGGAUAUCGAGGAUGCGAUUCUCAAUCCAGAAACUCGUAAAAAAUAUUAUCAAAUAACAGAUGUUAUUGAAGAAUCAAAACUAAUGCUGGCCAGAUUCGAAAAGUCUGGUUAUUUUGAGGGUUUGUAAAUAGGAAUAUAUACAAAC